UCAUCUGGCAAGACCGCGGGCCCCGAGUCAUCUGGCAAGACAGCGGGCCCCGAGUCACCAGGCACGACAGCGAGCUCUGAGUCAACUGGCAUGACAGCGGGCUCCGAGUCAACUGGCACGACAGCGGGCACUGGGUCAUCAGGCAUCGGGUCAUCUGGCUCGACAGCGGGCACUGAGUCAUCAGGCAUCAGACAGCGAGUACCGGGUCAUCAGGCAUUUGAUCGUCUGGCUCGACAGCGGGCAUCGGGUCAUCAGGCACGACAGCGGGCAUCGGGUCACCAGGCAUGACAGCGGGCACUGGGUCAUCAGGCAUUGGAUCGU